AUUCACGCUCUCUUUAUCUCAGUUCUCCCUGUGUGUGUCGGCCGUCGUCCCGGCAGAAAUUUGAUAGAACUGUCGGUGGUGCACAGGCAGAUAAAUUCGGUCAGAGCCCCGGGCAGGAGUGAAGCCUCUUCCCGCCUCCUCCAGAACCCGGGUCCGGGCUCCGUGCGGGUCUCCCCGGGUCCAUGGCCUGAUCGGUACCGGCGGCGGGUCAGCUGCGGCUGGUGCCUUCCAGAUGCUCCGCGCUCUAUUCCGCUGCACAAUAACACCGUCACCGAUACCGGUCUGGAGACUCAGCUAUGCUUUUCAGACGGAGAGCCAGGAUGUUGCGGUGGCUGGUGUGUGGCCGGGUGGGCACAGUUUGGAUCUGGAAGGCGCUGCUGCUCUUCGUUGCUAUCGCCUUCGCUGUCCAACUGUUGGGGGUCAUCUUCAACAAGAGCAGUGUGCAUCCAGCUGGCCACUCCAUCUUCCUGUCCUCUGAUGCUCAGGGCCCCUCUCUGGGCUUCUGUCAGCCCCACACCCACAUCAUGUUCCUGAAGACCCACAAGACGGCCAGCAGCACGGUGCUCAACAUGCUGUACCGCUUCGGGGACGAGCGCAACCUCCGCUUCGCCCUCCCACUGGGAUACCAGUUCGGAUACCCACUGCCUUUCAAUGCUCAUAGGGUCAAAGGUUACCGAGGCCCCAGAGCCAUGGAGUUCCACAUCCUGGGCCAUCACAUGAGAUUUAAUAAGCCUGAGGUGGAGAAGGUGAUGCCUGCAGACACGUUCUACUUCUCCAUCAUCCGGGACCCGGCCGGUAUGGCCGAGUCCUCCUUUGCCUAUUACAAAGAGGUGGCACCUGCCUUUCGGAAAGCCAAGAGCUUGGGCGACUUUGCUGACAACCCCUACAGAUAUUACGACUCUCGGGUCCGCAACAACUACGCCCGCAAUCUGCUGAUGUUUGACUUCGGUAUGGACAACAAUGCUAACUUCUCAUUGGCUGUGGCUCAGAAGGCAGAGACCAUGAUCCGCCAGACCUUCAAUCUGAUUCUAGUGUCGGAGUAUUUUGACCAGUCCAUGAUCCUGCUGCGGCACGCCCUCUGCUGGCCGCUGGAAACCGUCGUCUCUUUCAGCCUCAACGCUCGGCAGCAGAAGCCCAGCGACGUGGGGGGGCUGAGCGGGAGCUUCGUGAGCAAAGCAGCGGCGGCAGCAGGUAUCGGGUUCAGAGGGGUACGCCCCCAAGCCAAGAUACUGACCAAUGUGACGGAGGCACAGCGGGAGAAGCUGCGCCAGUGGAACGCCUUCGACUUGUACUUAUAUAAAACCUUCAACCGGACCUUCUGGGAGGAUAUCAAAAGUUUCGGUUACGCCCAGAUGGAGCAGGAAGUAUCUCUUCUCAGGAUGCUCCGGAAAGAAAUGGCCCAGGUUUGUCUGAGGGACGGCGGGAAGCCUGUGGAGGCACGCCGGAUCCGAGACAAGAACAUACGGCCGUUCCAGUUGGGAUUGUUGGAGAUUCUGGGAUACGAGCUUCAGCCGGGGCUGGACAACGCCACCAGGACGGCCUGUCUGAGGAUGAUCAGACCCGAGCUGCAGUACAAGGACGUGCUGGAUGCUAAACAGUUCCCCCGCGUGGCCCAGUCAGGGCAGCAGAACCCGGCUCUGCUGGCAGCCGGAGCCUCUCUGGUAAGACAAGACUCACCCAGGACAGGAGAGAGGCCGGCGGAGGGGAAUGCUGGGGGGAGGACAGCGGAGUUGAGGGACUGGGAUGGAAGCCGCUUAAUGAGGAGGAACCAGACUUUAAUACAAAAAGUAAGAUUGACAUGAGGUUUCAGGUGAGUCUCAUUCCUCAAUACGGUACCUCUGGUCACUGAAAAGAUUAACUGAAAGCUGAGCCGAGUGUGGUUUACACACAAGAAAACAAAAAGGAGGAGCUGUUUGAACUUCCACUUUUUGGUUGUUUGCUUCGUUACUUAAAACCGUUUUUUGCUUUUAGUCGGUGUAAUCCUCGUGGCCCUUGACCUCUGAGAGCCUGGGAUGCUUUCAUGGCUGCAGUUACAAGUGGUAGAAUGAACUUUGUUUUUAUAUAAGCAGACUCAAAUAAACUGUUGGCAGGGACUCUCUGCUUUGCUGACACACAGAAGCCUGUUUUAGUCCUUGUUCAUAUUUAUACUUCUAAGAGGUACGAUUUAUUUUUUACGUUGUCCUUGGUGCACAUGCUUGAAACUUCUCAACGUAAAGGUACAAUAAGCCCCAGUAUUUGCCUCUCAUGCAGUGCCAUAACACUGAGUCACUGAGCCUAGCACCUCCCUAAAAGAUAUAUAUUUUUAAGUUAUUUCAUAUUUGAAUACAAAAUAAAGAAUUUACUUGGAAUAUGGGUUGAAAAAAAAAAUCUCGCAGAGGAUGGAAUGUUUUGUAUUCAGUUGGUUUGAAGAGUCUUUCAAUUCUAACAGUUUUUGAAGAAAAGCUGGGAAUGUAUUAGAAAAACACAUGCUAAGCUCUGUGUCUCUAAAGCAAUGGUAAUACACAAGAGGCUUACAUUGGGGUAUGUAUACAACACUAUCUGUUUUUCUUUGAGGGUAUGGUUUGUAAAGUCAGUCUUUGCUGGUAGGCUACUGGUAAUGGACACAAAUAAUGAUGAUUUAUAACUUACUAUUUCUCUCUUUGAAACACUUUGUUCAGCUUCAGAGUCAGUAUGGAGCCCUGUCUAGAACCACUAACUUGAACUGCUUCUUAAAUAUAUUUUAAUAAUACAAGAGGGGAAAACGAUCCGGUGCUUGAUACUACCGCAAGCAGGCGGCUGGUUAUUAUCAGCAUUUGGGCACAUUCCUUCCUUCCACUAUCCGCUAAAGUAUCCAUCUGUCUCACAUAUGCAGAGACCAUGAAGACCCAUUUCCUUGUCAUAAUGUUUUACAAAUUAAUUGAAUAUCAGUGCAGGGGUAAACACAUCCAAAAGCAGCUAAAAGAUGAUUCAUUAUAUUGCACAAGAGUGACCUCAACUCCCCCAGUAUUCCUUCCAGAUAAACUUUGAACGAGUUAGCAGGUAUUUUGGGACUUUUCUAUAUUGUUUUGUCAGACGGAACACAGCAGACAACAUAAAGCAGGAGCGUCUUGCUGCAAAGCUCCUGGCUCAACCCACCUUUUGGACCCAUCUCCAACGCCAUUAAUCCGGCUACUUAUUUAUACAAAUGUUUUACAUCAAUUACAUGUCACCGUUUUAAAGACCAUUUCACAGUAAAUGCUAACAUUCUUAAUGUUGACUAGCAAUACAAUUCUAUUGAAGCAGUCUUUUCAUAGGUAUCCUUACUAAAUAAAUUAGCCUACUAAGCCAAUAUUGUAUUCAUUUUAUCCCUUGCCACAAAACAGCAACACAAGGUAAACAAUACAAAGGUUAUAUUUCGAUUUAAUUCUAACUUCUAAUGUUAAGGUACAAGAAGCAAAUAACGUAUGUGAUAUCCUUAUGCGUUUGCUAACAAUAGCUAAUGUUAGCUAGCUAUACUUAUUUGUUAGGGAAAUGCAAAUGCUUAAUCAUUGUAGCUAACAUUAGCCUUUCAUUGCUCACUCAUAAGGCUAGUACGAGUUUGGCUGCUUAAAGGUGGGGUAGGCAAUUUUGGAGAAACCAGCUCGAGUGCGCUAGAAUUUGAAAAUACACAGCCACUUCCUUACAGAGCCCCUCCUCCAACACACACGAACGCGCACAUGACCAAUGUGGUUACGAGAUAAGUUUGUAAUGUGCACAGAUGGAAAGCUGACAGGCAGGUAGGCCAUCCAGUUAUCCAGGGCUCUGGAAGGAAGUGGCAGAUUUUUUCAGGUUGUGUAUUUUCAAAUUUUAGCGUACUCGAGCUGGUUUCUCCACAAUUGUCUACCCCACCUUUAAGGUUACGCUACCUAACUAGAAGUUACAGAUAUUUAAAAUGUAUUAUAUAUUUAAACUAGUGAAUGCAUUUACUGGUGUAAACAAUUUGCAGAUGGCACACACUGUUAGCUUGACACAGUAAAAGGUCUCAGGUGGAGGAGCUGGGCCUGAGCGUGGAGCUCUGCAGCUAGACUCUUCUCACAUAAUAUCACUAUCUCAGGCAUGAGUUACAGUUUGUCCCUAUGUUCCUCCAAAUAAACACCAGUCCUGCUUCAUUUGGCUCUGAGUAAGGAGCUGGAACUCUUCAUCGUCUGUGGAAUGCAGCAUGUUUACAUUAACACUGUGUCAGACAUGCAGCUUGUCACAUGUUCAGUCACAGCCUGGUCCUGCAUGGUAGCCUACUUGCAGAUAUUUUGUCAUUAACAUGCUGCUGCAUGAAGGAUCAAAUUGUACUACAUGUACUAUGUAACACAAACAACCUAUCUCUGUCAGGGACAAAUCACCGCAGACAGGUUCUCACUUGACUGUCUUAUACAUACAGUAUGAUAACAGGAAUAACACUCUGAAAUGUGCAUGUGUGAGCUCGCUGACAUCGCCUGACUGGUUUUUGUAGACGGCUUUGUCAAGAGCUUCACUGUUAAUCAGAAACUGUUGAGAAAACAGUGACCCACAUGGUUGCACUAAGUGACAUGGUCCAUGAACUUGGGUACUGUAGUUCAUUAUGAGAAAACUGCAUAUUGAAUCUGGCAAGGAGUGUUCUAUGUUUACACUGCUGAAGGGAGUGGGCAGAUCAGGAGAAUAGAUAGUGUUAACUUUGAAUCAAAAGCAAAUAGGGAGGUUUCUUACGGAAAUAUGUGCAAAUAAAAAAACGGGGGAAUUGGUCUUUGAUAGAAUCCUGUUUAGUUUACAGAUUUUAUUUAGAUCAUCACAAAGGACACUGGGCAGCCAUUCUGCAGUACCUGUAUUUAUAACCUGGUUGUCUCGUGCUGUGGGGGAAAGUAGAGCACAGACAGGAACACAUUAUAACGCACUUCAUAUUUGAGUUAAAAUCCUUUCUGAGCACCUGCUAGCUGAUGUGGUCUGUGUCAUAGCACUUCAAAGUGAGAACUCUGUCUGCUGUGGUUUCCUCUUUCUGCUGUCUGGCAAUGCUACACAACACUCUUUCCUGUGAAGAUAAUAAACAACAACACAUUGAAGCACCAUGAUCUAAUAUUUUUGUUUUAAAGCCAUGCAGUCAAGCCAUUUGAGAAUGAUAUUGAGAGAUGAAUAUGUUUGCAUGAAUGAGGGUCUAAUAAGGUCCAGGUGAAUGAGGUCUGGUGCAAUGAUGAGCCAUGUUGUUUUGGAUUUCACUUUAGCUGUUUUCAACAUCACAAUAUUCAGUAUUGUUUAUUCACAUGUUGGCACUUUUCAUAGUGAAUACUAGUGUUGACGCUUAUCUUGUUACAGAUGAUGCUGGAAUUACAUUUGAGUGCUGAUAUCUGAAAAAUAAUGCACACCCUUUGACCAAUCAGAACUGAGUGUUCUCCAUGGCCAUAGUAUAAAUGUAGUAUUGUACAGAUCAUGUGUAAGAAUGUACAUGUGGAGGAAUAUAUUUACAAAGCCCAAAGUGGAAAUAGGGGGAAAAAAUAGAUAGGUGAAAAAAAGGAUACAAACUUUUGCGACAACAAAUAUUCGUAUUUCCAAGCUACAACCAGCUGUCAUAGGGAUAAUAAAUGAUAAAAAUAGUUAGAAAUGCACAUUUUUAACAGAAGAACGCAAUGUUUUCAUCUAUUUUUUUCCUCUACCCAUCCAUUUGUGUGUACAGUAUGUAGGAGCUCUGAUUUUGGAUCUCUUUAAAACGUCCAACAUUGAACAUUUGACUGAUUGAUGCUAACAAAAGUCUUUCCACAGCACAGUAGUGUGUAUUCUCCAUCCCGUGCACUGUGAAUAGUGUCACCUUACAGCAGUCGUCCUUCUGCGGGGAUUGGGUGCACUGCAUUGUGCUUCCUCCAGUGAAACGAAGAUUGUUAAUCAGCUUAGUCACUGAGUCAAAGGGAUGAGAAAGUAUUAACUUAGAUUUAAAAGGGACAUACCUGUGUUUAUUUAUGUUUCCUCCUUUCACGCAAACGUUGACUUAUAAGUAUUUCACUAUAAUCUGAAACUGUAACUUCAGUUACAUAACCCACUGUGUAUCACAGUGCUACACGGCUAUGUCCUGCAACCCUCAAAGAUUAUUAUUGUUGUUUAUUUUAAACUCAAACAUGAAUACUUUUAACAUCCAAUCUUUUUAAUGUGAAAGAACACCAUUUUCUUUAGUGCAACCACCAGGACACACUCUAUAUGUUCGGCUCAUCAGGAUGUCGGUCUAACAUUAUUAUUUGCACCAUAAUUUAAUUGUGAUGAUACAAACAGGCCUCAUGUGCUUGUAUUACAAUGAACAACUGUACUAGUAGAUGCUCGCUGUUCUGGGUCACCACUGUUUAAUGAACACUAAUGCACAAACAGAUUUGUUUCAUGCAGUUAUGAUAUUAUUGACCCCGGCUUUUAAACAAUGUCCUUCUGUAUUUUCUUUUAUAUCUACCAUUUGUACAGACUGUAUUUAUCGGGGUUGGUUAGGGACGACGAGGGGAAGGGUGUUUUUGUUUUUGUUAAUGUGAUGAGAAAACAUACAAUCAGCUAAUCUUCAAUUUUCAGUCAGUGUUGAAACACUGAUGACAAAUUGCCACCAUUAAUUAUGGCAGGGUCAUAAAUAAUUCAGUGUUACUAAGAAAACUGUGAUUGUACGGUUAUAUCAAGCUGUUGUCUUUCAAAACGUCCACAUUUAGACAUUUUGUUAAUUGUAAUUAAAUACAAAAUAAGUAGAGAAAAGGAUAAAAUACCUGAGAAAAGGAUAAAUAAUAACACUGAGCAUUACUGUGAUUAUUUCAGAUCGGAAUUUAUCUCAAGACAACCAGAAUAUUAAGUGUUGAUCAUAAUGCUUACAAAUGAGAGCACAGCCACUAAAUUAUCCGGUCCUUGAAUGGUAAUUACGAGGUAGAGAUGUAAUACUUUAUCUUUUAAUUUAGAGAUAAUGAACCUGUAAUGCAAGUCAAAUGAAAACUGUGCUUAAUUUCCAUGCCUGUCUUCCCACAUGCAGCAUUGUUUUUAUUCUUCCAGUGGAAAUCUGACUAAAAUGGCUUUACUAUAAUGGUACUGUGACUUAUUUUCUCGCUAUUUACUAAGUUUUCAUGCGUGUUACAUAGUGUGUCAGAAUAAAAGGUACAUCUUUUGUCAAACCUCUUCAAAUCUCAGCUAUGGUACAGUGUGAUUUAUCACCUCAUUUGAACAGCUUCCAUCUGUACUUUUCACAACACUGGGUUAUUACUGACAGGAAAUCAUAAAUGGACCUGAUCAUCUCUCUAGGUGUUACAGAUUGCACUGGACUGGAAAUGCAAGUUCAGAAAGCAACGGCGUACUUUGGCUUGGGUCUUACUUGAAAAUGUUAUUAUUAUGUUAUGUUAUUUUUGGGGUGAAACUUGUACUAUUACAUUGAGGUUUUUUUCUGGUACUGAAUAAAAACAACAUUUCUGUAA